AUGGUUCAAAAAGUUGUAUCCCGAUUGCUAAAAUCUACCAAGCCUUUGAUUUUUGGUAUGAUUCAUGUGCCAGCGCUUCCUGGAACACCGUCAAAUGUUUUACCAAUUUCAAAAAUCUUGAAAAAAGUUCAAGAAGAAGCGCAAAUUUAUAGUAAAUCUGGAGUGGUAAGUGAUUUUUAUUUUGAGAGAGGUACCAAAAAUGUUAAAAUUUGUAUUACAGGAUGGUAUCAUAAUAGAAAAUAUGCACGAUGUACCAUAUUCAAAACCACCAGCUGGUCCAGAAAUUGUUAGUGCGAUGACUCUUGCGUGUCAAGGUAAUUUUGCUAAAUGGGGUCUUUUAGAAAUAUAUGUAAUACUAAUGAAUUUUUAAAAUGUUAAAACUCUCUCCUAUAUUUCAGAAGUUCGUUCAAUCGCUGGUGCUGAAAUUCUACUCGGUGUUCAAAUUCUAGCUGCGGCAAAUCGAGAAGCUCUAGCUGUUGCAAGUAUAACUGGAAUGGAUUUUAUUCGCGCUGAAGGUUUUGUUUAUUCUCAUGUUGCUGACGAAGGUUGGAUCGAUGCAUGUGCAGCGGAUUUGCUACGAUAUCGCAAAUAUCUAGGCGCGGAAAACGUUGCCGUAUUCACUGAUAUCAAGAAAAAGCAUAGGUAAUGAUUUUUGAGAACUUGGGGAGUUACAAAAGCGCGGGAUAAUUUGAUUUUACCCAGGUGUUCAGAAAAUGAUUAGAAACAUGUAGACACAUAAUUCAAUUUUUUAAAAGAACAAGGAUAAUUGAGAACAAACAUCUUGGUCAUAGAAAACUUUUUCAUAUGAGAUAUGCAAAUUGCACAGAAACCACAUUUAUAUUUGCACUUUAUAAUUUCGAAUUUUCUGAAAUUUGCUCUUCUGAAAUAAAAAAGCAGAUGUUUUCUGAUAUUUUUUUUUUCAUUUUUUAUUUUUUCAGUUCACAUAGUGUUACAAGUGAUCUCUCAAUCUGCGAAAUCGCUCAGGAUGCUAAAUUCAAUCUUGCAAACGGUGUGAUUGUAACAGGAUCAGCAACUGGACACGCUGCAAAUCCAGAAGAACUCAAACAAGUCGCAACAAUUUCUGAUUUUCCAGUUUUGAUUGGAUCGGGGGUGAAUGCGAAGAAUUUGAAAUCAUACAAAUCUGCGCAUGGUUUGAUAAUUGGAAGUGAAUUCAAAAAAGAUGGAAAAUGGCAAAAUGAUUUGGAUCCAGCAAGAAUUCGACAAAUUGUUAAAUUGAAUUCAAAGUAA